ACCAGAGCUCUUCCAUAAGCUGUCUGCAUCUCAAACACAAGAAAAACUCUCCUCGUUCAAGAUAUUCUUUCAUCAUCAUGAUCAUCAAUAGGCAGUGUGUCUUUGACCUCCACACAUGUAUUGUCAUGCUGUCCAUGAGAUUAGUCUUUACUUCUGCAGUACCUCUGACAGACAGCUGUGUGGUGGUGGGUACAGAGAUCUCAGAUCAUCUAGUUCAAGGUGAAGCGGUCGUCAUCAGAUUUCCAUUUUUUGAAGAUGUGAUUCGUGAGAGGAAACUGCGACUGGACAACAGCUCGACAUUCCACAUCGAACAUACAAAUCAGAGGAACCACAGCAGUCUGAAGAGCUGCCGUGAUAGGGUGAUGCAGAGUGGGUGGGGCAUCUUGCUCCUCCCAUCUCACACCUCAGACUCUGGGAUAUACACCUACACUCUUAGGAGCGACACGUUCUGUUUCACUGGCAGUAUUGCAAUAACCAUCUAUGAGACAGAAGAGCCAAACAUGACUGUAAUGCCAUACAAUGCAUACGAAGGAGAAGAUAUAAAGAUUAUUUGUCCACAUCUGAAGUAUUACAAAAGGGCAGAAAAUCCAAAGUGGUAUAAGGAGUUUCAGACCACAGCUCUUCCUGUUGGCAGAGGACGGUAUACAAUUGAGCGAGGCAUCAUCUUGGCCAUCAGAAACAUUUCUGUGAAAGAUGAGGGCUUCUACACUUGUAGGUUAAAAGUGAUUUUUAACAACACCCAAUAUAAUGUGAGCAGGACCUGGAGAGUUCAAGUGUCAGUUCCAGAAACAAAAACUCCUGCGCCGGAAACUGUUACCUCAAAAAACCUUAAAGUUUUCACAUCAUCAAGUAAUUUAUUCCCUCACAUUAUCUUUCCUGUCAAUGGAUCCUUCACUGAAAGUCAUUUCGGCUCAAGUUUGGCGAUCCAGUGCACAGUGUCCAUUGGGAACCAAUCAGCGGAGUCCACAGAUGUCACAUGGCUGGUUGAUGGCGCUUCAGUUGAGAAUUCUUAUCUGAAAGGACGUGCAUUUCAGACAGAUAGGAGGAUCUCAACCAAUUACAUUGAGGUGGAGCUUGUUAUCCUUGAGCUACAGGAGGUGGAUAAUGGAGUACAACUGAAGUGCAUCAGUCAAAACCAGGACCGAAAACAGGAAGUUGUCACUCAAAUUAUACUGACAGACUCUGCGAGUGUUUGGUUGGUUGUAUUUGCUUCAUCCUUCUGUUUCAUUAUAGUGCUGUGUGUUUUUCUUUAUCAUUUGUGCAAAAGGCAGCAGAAAGAAGAGCACUAUAUUCUGGCUCGACAGAACAGCACCUUUUGAAGAUGACCUAUCCUCACAUCUGUUACU